AUGAAGUACAGCAGUGUCAUUGCGGCUCUGGCCACUCUCUCGCAAGGUCUGGGAACCCGAGAGACAGGAUGCUGCUUCCACUUGGAUGCCUUUGGAGAUCCUAGCGGUCCGGUCGUUCAACUUGACGAUGGCCAGAAUCGAAUCGAGCAGGACGGUCUUCCUGAAGGCCAAUACUGUCUGACUGCAGACGGCGGCCUCACGGACGCAAAGGGUCGUGGCUGUAUUCUCACUCCUCCCACAACCCAGUGGCAAUGUGAUGCUGGAGCGUCGCCUACGCCAGGCUUCUCCAUCACUUCCGACGGCACACUCUCGUACCACGACGACACGACAUUCUAUGCGUGCCCAAGCAACGGGAACAAAGACUUCAACAUCUACGACCAGCCCGUCGAGAAUCAGCAGGGAUGUGUGCCAAUUUGGCUCCAAGCAGACAACUGCCAGGCAACUCCACCAGCACCAGAGCCCACGCCGCCUCCACCAACAAGCAAGUGCCCCAGAGACUUGCCUGCCGUGGGUGAUUACGAGUUCCCGCACUUGAUCAUCCCAAUCGACUCUGCCAAUCCAAAAACAUGUUACGGGACUCAAUACAACGGCAGCGCCCACGGCACCAUCUCCAGCAUCUUCAACUUCGACAUCCCCACCUCAACCCAAGGCAAGACCUGCUCGAUCCAGUUCCUCUUCCCAGAACAAUCCACUUUGGAGACAUCAGCGUACACCUACAGCGGCGACGGCGUCUUCAAAUUCGCCAUCCUCAACGGCCCAGCCAGCGAAUGGACUACAUUCGAGACAUCUCCAAAGGUCGUCACGGAUUACGGAUCUUUCUCUCUGUCUCCAGGAAAUGCCUACGACAUUGCUUCCAUUCCUUGUCCAGCGGGUCAGGCGAUUGGGAUUUGGUUCCAUACGACUGGGAAUGGUGUUCUUGAUUUCUUUCAGGACUACAACCCUUGCCCAAUCGGCGUUUACGUGGUACCGAAGUAA